AUGCGGAACCCUGGUCUUCACAAGGAUGUAUCAUGGGGAGUCCCUCAGGUUCUCAGGCACGAGAUGCUGCCACGUGUCCUGCUCUACAUUCUGUCUCAGCCGUGUGAUCUGGUGAAAGUGAGGAUCUUUGAAGAACCUGAUGCUGCUGAUGGUGUUCCGGAUGGUGUUCUUCCUGAUGGUGUUCCUGCUGUGGAUGGCACUGCUGUGGAUGGCUCUACAGCCUCAUCAUCUGCACCACCACCACCACCACCACCACCACCGCCUCCAGGGCCCAUGCCACCGAAUCAUCCUCCUCCACAAUCUGAUGCAGUCAUGAGGCAUGUGCUGCAUUACCUGUGGGCCCCUCACGAGUUCACGCUAUCAACUUUAUCGCAUGACCAGUUCAGGUUACUGAACUCCAAGCCACCCAGAAAGGCGAAGAAGGUCAAGAAACCAGCUUUGAAAAGGCCUGCAAGGGUUGAAAAGGAAAAAGUGAAGCAAGAGAUGCUGGGAAAAUGGCUUGGGCACGAUUCAUCUUGUCUUUUUGGUGACAUCACAAAGAUGUGUGAGAAUGAGCUUCGCGACGACAUUUUGCUGGACCCCAAGAAGGUUAAGUGGAAGACCACUUCCUGGCGUGACCGUGACUACCGUAUUACUUGGGACCCGAAGCGUAUGGCUUGGUCAUUGGAUUUUUCCUUUGAGCAAAUUGCAAAGUUCGUGCUGCUUCCCCCGAACAGCCAGCGUGAUGUCAAAGCUGUUGACCUGUUGGUCACUCCAGAGUCUGACCCUGCAGUGGUCAAAGAAGAUCAGUUGUCAAGGACACAAAGGAUGCACCUGGAUCGUUACCGGAAGUUGUGUGAGGACAAACGCUUCUACUCUUUGACACAAAACCCAUUGGUGAUGAAACGAACCGAAGAUAAAAACUCUAACCUGCUGACCCUCACCACAUCGAUGGACCUCUGGUCAGAGGACAAGAAGCGGUUGGUGACGCCUCAAGAGCUGUUUCUGUCCCUGGGCCUUCCGAGCUUUGGUGCUUCCAAGACUUGUUUCACCCAGUACGGAUCCAAGAGCAAGGACCUUUUGAAAUUCUUGGCCGAGUUCUAUAGCUUGACGAAAAACGAGCAAGACCAUUUGGUGCUUGUGCAGCAUUUUGGCAAUUGGAACUUCGAGAUUGAAGAGGCCGAAGGAGAAGAGGAUGACGAAGCAGAUUUGUUUGCCUGGUUGGACAAAGCAACAGAUGGGCCUCUCCAGAACAUGGUGCUGAACAGCAAGAACCUUGUGAAACGGUUCAGCACUUUUCUCCGGGUCUAUCAGCAGGUCAAAUCUCCAAAAACCGCGAAUGAAGUUGCAUGGAGCUUGGAACUUUGGGUUCAGCCUGGACCUCCACUGCAUCGAUAUCAGCUUUGGGGAGUGCUGAGUAGACGGCUGGCAAAUUGUGAUGCCAUGCUGACUGAUGAGGUUUAUCGCCCUUGGAGAGAUGCCAUCUCAAAGGCAGCAGUGGGUCUUUCAGAUCUGCCUGGUCCACUCCAGCGAACCGUGGAUCGGGGAUCCAAUCGGACUGAAGGUCGAAACGAUGAUGUUUGCUGCAUCGUCAAGAAGUACAUUUGCUCUGAAGAGUUUACCCAGAGACCGCUUUUGGUUUUAACCAAACUCUCUGCUGCUGCUGUUGUUGAUUUGCCUCCUGGCAAGCAUGAUCUUCGCAGUGUGUCAGCAGACGUGAAAGACGGAUUCAAUUCGGCUCAGUUCCUUUUGGCGCCUGAAGCCAUGGCUUUGCAGCCGUGGAUCCAAAAGGUGAAAAAGAAUGAGAAGGAGGAGACAAAAGGGCCGCCCCAGAAGAUGCUUUGCACUCCAUACGAGAAGCAGCUGAAGAAGAUGCCAGGUGAUCUUACUAUGCUCAAGGACGUGCUCCAUUCGAUGCGGCUGCUGAAAGCUGACACUGCAGUGUUUGAGGGUGAGUUGCAUCCAGGUGAUGCUGUGUGCACGGCCUUGUCUGGAAGCAAUCAUGAGGUUUCAGUGGCCAACGCAAUGGCGUUGCAAUCCUGGUUCCAAGAAUAUGCUCAGAUGCGUGCUUCAAAGGGUCGUCAAGUUGCCUUCAAAGAAAUCAGCAGUUUUGCCAUUGAUGCGGAGAUGGAUGGCGAUGUGGUCAAGAUUCCCAUAAUCGCUCUGGUGCAGAGCCUUCCGACCGAUGGGCUGCCGGUCCUUGAAGACUGGCUGACAGUCUGGGAACAGAUGGUGUUUGCUGGAGUCGACUUGGCUCGUAAAAUGGAAGUCAAACCCUUGAGCAUCGACAUUGUGAAGGGCUUUACGAAGAUCCAGUGCGUUCUGUUCACUAUGUUGCUGGCCAGUGAUUUGGACCCUGCAACCCCUGAGGGACAGCAGCAGCUCGAACCAUUUUUCGCUGCCCUGGACAAGUCUUGGCUUGUUCCAGUUCGUAUGGCGCUUCGCUUUUCGAGUGCCAUGGAUGCCCGAUCAGUGCAGGGUGUGCACAGCAAAGACUUGUCAGUGGAGGAUCGGUUGAGGAAGGUGAUCAAAGAAUUUCACCAAACAGAUGGGAUGCUGAGCAAGUGGCACUUGGAUGCGGACCGCAUCAUGGCGGUGCUUGGUCUCAUCACAGGGACAAGCGGAACAAGCAGGGACCUGAUAGCUAACCAUCUUCACCGGUUCAAAUGGAGCCAGUCGGCUCUCAACUCGGAGCUUUUGAAGAAGCCGAGAUGGUUGUUGACUGCGAACCCGCGAGGUUGCGCAAGCCACUUCAAGGUCAUGCUGACCGUGACUGAGACUUCGCAGAAGAUGUUUUUGACUUUGGUGUUUCACCAAUUUCAUUGCAGAACCAGAAAGUCACGUCCCAGUCAGAAAGCAAAGCACAGACUUUCACCUGCAGAGUGGGAUGCCUGGGUGAACUUUUCCUGCGUGUAUGCCACUGUGAUCAAAGAAGCAGCGCUCCUGGCCACCAAGCCGGACAUGGAGAUGAUCCACAAAGCUUUUCUCGACAUGGAUUACUUUGAUGAGAUCGAAGCGAUUCUCAAAGUGGAGCCGGCCGGAUGGACGGUAAAAAGAUUGUGCUUGUGGAGUGACUUGGUUGAGAAGCCAUCCGUUGCGGCAGCUUUGAAAGAAGUGGAUGAGAAGACCGUGGAAGACCGAGAGGAAGAGCUUGAGAAUGCGAAUUUCGCUGCCCUCAAGGCCAAGAUCGCGACAGAUGAGCAUGCCUGGUGCAAAUACCUGACAGCCAAGUCCAAGAGAGCUUCGCUGACACAUGUGGUCGAGGUUCAGCACACAAAGGAGCAGAACGCCAAAGGGUUGGAGCUUCUCGGUUUGGGCAUUGAUUGUGAAGAGCUAGCUGUGGUGCUGGUGGGCAAGUUCUGUGACGAACGGUGCCACGUUUCCUUGGUCACUGACUUGAACAUGAUGCCGUCGACAGAGAAGAUCAUCAGGCAAGUUUGUGCUGAUUGGCAGGCUGGCUCCAUUGGAGUUGUGAUUUGUCCGCUCCUGGCUGGUACAGCUGCAGGAAGCAGUUUGCGUGCAGACCAGAGGCGCAUUGAGGACAAGUUGGCCCAAUUCCAAUUGGAACUACGGCAUUUCCACCUUGCCAUCAAUUUGUCCAACCUUCAUGGGAAUGCAGAACGGCCGGCUUGUUACAGCUCCCUGUUAGUGGUGUGUGACAGCACACUCCCAGCCAAAGGUGUGAUGUACCGGCUCCCUCGAAGCGGCCACAACAGCAACAGCACAGAUUCACCUCCGAAACCAGCCAAGAGUGACAUCAAUGUGUUUGUCUCUUCCCAUGCCUGGCGGUGCCAGACAUUUGCGGAGCCACUGCCAAAUCCAAUCCCAGAGAGUGAAUACGUUGCAUCAGCUACGGUGAAGGGUCAGAGUUUGACGAGCAACGACCAGCGCAAGAACUGGACGGAUUACCAAGAAACGGCUCAGUGGCUUUCUGGGGUGGAAAUCCCUUUGCGUGUGUUGGAGACCUUGGGAGUUGGAGCUGCUGUGCGGCUUGGCUGUCCAGUGAUUGGGGCCACAACGGACUUGGGCUGCCACAAGCUCAGCUCCAAGCUGCUGCGAAUGCAUCUGCUCGAUGAGUGGAAGGCUGGCAGGCCCUCAUGGAAGAAUGGCCCGAAGUUUGUGCCAGUGGGCGAAGCUGGUGAUGUGGUGCCUCCUGAUGUGACGCCACCUGAGCUCCUGGUCCUCUUGCAGGUUGAAGGCAAGCUGGUGAUUCCUCAAGAGAUCCGACAGAAGUUUUUGGGUGAUCCCAUUCGCAGUGUGGAAUGGAAGGCUAUCCUCAAAAAGUUUGACAAGAUCCACGGACCCAAUGGAAGCACUCCUGCUGCAGUGGCCCCUGUGACUCCAUCUGGUGGAUCGGCAGUCAACCCUGCGGGGACUCCGGGAGGUGCUGCUGGAGAUGAAGAUGUGUGGAAAAACAUCUUUCCAGACGAGCCCAAGACGUUGGAAGAGUUGAUCAGCAAGUAUGAACCCAGCAGCACUUUCAGUGCACCGGGUGGCUCCCUGGUUGUGAAGGUGGUGGAAGGCCCAAAGUUUUUCUUAGCGGCGCCAGUUGCUGGAGCUCUUGAUGACCAAACCCCGGUUAUCACACAUGGAGCUGGAACUUGGCUUUUGGACUCCAAAGCUGAGAAGAUGUUGAAGGAUUCGCCGGACAAAGUGCACAUUGUGAAGUUCGAGGAUGAUCUUGCUGAGUGCGUUCUGGAGGAAGAGGAUGGAUCCGACUCUUGUGUGAAGACUUUGAGAUCAUGCCUCCAAGCAGUCGAGCAGUCUGGCAUGGUGGACUUUGAAAUCGGAGGCCAUGAGUUUGAACGCCCGGCUGAAGUAUUUGCAGGUGAAGCUGAUGACAAGUUCAACAUUCAGCCAAAGGAAAGCAGUCCAAUGUGCUGGAAAGCCAAUGCAGUGCAGUUGAGAUCCCUGAAGCAUACCAAUGCUGCAAGCUUCGUGUCGCCCCAGAGUUUGAGAGAUUCACCUGCUUUGCGAAUCGUGUGGCGCUUGAGAAUGUACAAGGCAGAGGGCAUGAUCGCACCGGCCAAGCUUUUGUGGCCAUUGAAUGUUUCCUUAGCGAAGCCUGUUGAGCCUGUUCCUGACUCUCAAUGCCCCGAAGAAUCGCAGUUGAUGCCGGAUUCCCCACCGCAAGCUGCCUCUUGGGCAGAGUUUGCUGACCGUGUCCUCGAUCCGCCCUCUCCAAGACGUCCUGCACUGAAGCGAAGCAAUCAGUUUGAGGGUACGCCUGAGGGAAUGGAAACUUCUCACACAGGAGAUUUGCAGUCUGUGGAUGAUGGGAAGGAGGACAGGCCAACUGGAUAUGACUCAGAUUCGACUAUUGCACUUGGUGAUGAGCAAAGAGCAACCCAGGUUACUGGCAGGUCAGAUGGACGAGAUGCAGUUGAAAAGGGUGCCACUGACAAGGGUGAAGAUGUGACAGAUGACAAGAGUCAUCAUGAUGUUGAAGAUGUGCCGGAUGACAAGAGUCAUCAUGAUGUUGAAGAUGUGCCGGAUGACAAGAGUCAUCAUGAUGUUGAAGAUGUGCCGGAUGAAAGUGAGAAUGAAAAGGGUGAUGAAGAUGAGAAGCCUGACAAAGCUUCUGAUGCUGACACGAUGGACUUACUGAAGGACCCAAAGUUCAAGAAAGGCACCAAAAUGAAGGAUUUGAGCCCCAACAGUCAGGAGAUGUUGAAGAAAGUUCGCAAAGCUCGGAAUGUUCAGAAUUCGACCGCUUGGCACAACAAGUAUGCCUCAAAGGGUGUGCCCAAAUCUUCGGGCGCUGCUGGAGCUGAUGGAGCUGAUGGACCUGCAGGUUCAAGCUCAGUUGGAGAGCCAGCUCAUGCAGAGGCCACUCACCCGUACCAGCCGCUCACCCUCAAGGAUGCCCGGGAAAAGUUCAUGAAAGACUUCCUGAAGGAGAAUAAGGAGGGGACCGUUCAAGAGAAGUUCAAGGCAGGCAACAAAGCCUGGAUGGAGAGUGAUAUCAGGGCUCGUAUCAUGGCAGCCAAAGCGGGCAUCGGAUCUGUAGCCCCUUGA